AUGGCGGCGCCCAUGUUGCUGCCCGAGUCCCCUCUGGGGAAGUUGAGCCACCAGCAGUACAGAGCCAUUCUGAAGAAAGAGAAGAGGAAAAAAAAGCGACAGGCACUUGCCAGGCUGAGAGACUCAGAAGCUACAGAAAAAGAUGAAUCAGUGUCUGAGGAAGAAGAGGAGGAAUUGGAAGAAGAGGAUGAAGAAGAAGAAAAGAAACUUGAGGCAGAAAGGCAAAAGCUGCAUGAGCAGUGGCUGCUGAGAGAGGAGAAGGCCCAAGAAGAGUUCAAGCUUAAGAAAGAAAAGGAAGAGGCUGCAAGAAAACGUCAAGAAGAGGAGGAGAGGAAGAUCAAAGAAGAAUGGGAAGAGCAGCAAAGAAAGGAGAGAGAAGCAGCCCAGCAGAAGCAACAGGAGAAGAAAGAGAGAGAGGCAGCUGUGCAGAGGAUGCUGGAUCAAGCUGAAAGCCAGCUGGAGAAUGGUGUGACCUGGCAUAACCCAGAGCCCCCAGAGAACAUAGGAACAGAGAAGGACAGAGCAAAUUGUCCAUUCUAUAUUAAAACAGGUUCCUGCAGAUUUGGAGACAGGUGCUCUCGCAAGCACAACUACCCCACGUCGAGCAAGACGCUGCUGGUGCGCGGCAUGUUCCUGACCUUCGGCAUGGAGCAGUGCCGCAGGGACGACUACGACACCGAUGCCAGCCUGGAGUACAGCGACGAGGAGACCUACCAGCAGUUCCUGGAGUUCUAUGAGGACGUGCUGCCCGAGUUCCAGAACGUGGGCAAGGUGGUGCAGUUCAAGGUUAGCUGCAACUACGAGCCCCACCUGCGAGGCAACGUCUACGUGCAGUACCAGUCGGAGAAGGACUGCCAGGCAGCCCUGGCUCUGUUCAGUGGACGGUGGUAUGCCGGCCGGCAGCUCCACUGCGAGUUCUGUCCUGUGACCAGGUGGAAAACUGCAAUCUGUGGCUUGUUCGAGAGGCAGAAGUGUCCGAGGGGGAAGCACUGCAACUUCCUUCACGUGUUCAAAAACCCCAACAACGAGUUCUGGGAGGCCAACAGGGACAUCCGAGGCUCUCCCGAACGGACUGGCCAGCUGGCUAAGAACUCUGAGCGCAGGAGCAGGACGAGCCACCGCGACGAGCACUACGGCAGGGCCCGCAGGAGGGGCAGCCCCAGCCCGGAGCACUCGCACCGCAGGAACGGCGAAGCGGAGCGGAGGAGGAGCCGGCGGCGCAGCAGGAGGCGGCACCGCUCCGGGCGCUCCCGCAGCAGGGAGCGGCGCAGAUCCCGCAGCAGGGGCCGCAGGAGGAGGGGCCGCAGCCGCAGCACGACGCGCAGCAGGAGCCGGAGCAGGAGCUCCUCGCGGUCCCGGAGCAGGGGCAAAAAGAGAUCGAGCAGCAGAGGGAGAAGCAGCGACACCCCCAAAACCAAGUGAGGGCUCUGGAGGUGCUUAUCGGUCCGAGGCGGAGCUGACACUUCCCGGUAGGGCACCAGCUACCCCCGAGCCCAAAUAAAGAGUUCUUGCACAUCAGAUGUUGCUUCCUGACCGAGGAACCUGGUUCAAUGUGUGCUAAGCUUCAGAGAAUUCCAGUGGAAGUCCUGUCCGAGGUGUGAAUGUCCAGUACUCAGCUCCUCCCUCCCUCUCAACUGCUGCAGCAUCUGGAUCCCUCCCAAGGCCAAGCAGAAAGAGAAGUGCAGCCUGUCUGGGGGAGCC